ACAUUUUCAUUUUUCUUUCAGGUGCAAAAAGGGGAAAUUCAAGAAGGAAAUGGGAAAGGAAACUCGAGAAAGGACUCAAUUGAAGAAAUGGAAAGUUGGAGGGCCUAGCUGCACUAGCCCUGCACCUACGCCCGAGCCUUGCACCUACGCCCCUGCUCCCUGCUCUGCGCCCAGAUCGCCUGCACCUUCCUGCUGCUGCACGCCUGCGCCCCCUGCACGCCCGUGCCUUGCACUCUGCGCACCGGCAAUCAUGCCUCCUGCACGCCUACACGCCCUACUUCCUGCGCGCCUACAACCUCCUCUGCCCAAGCCCAGGUCUGCACUCAUCACCCCUCCUCUACCCGAGCUGAUUUGCACUCAUCACCUAUGCCCCAAUCGUGCAAUCCCCGGCUGAAACGCAAUCUUGCAACCCGAUCUUGUACCUGCUCUGGUUGUCCGAUUCUCCUUGGCACCUUUUUUUUUCGUUUUUCAGCAAGAUGAAGCUCGGUCCUUGAUGGGUAUAAAUAGAGGGUUUUGGUUAGAAAGAAGGAGGGGGGUUUUUUUGUUUUGUUUUGGCUUGUUUUUGAAGGUGGUGUGGUGUUGACGAAGGAGAACAUUUUUUGGAGGUCGACGGUGAUCGUAAAGAGGCUCAUUUUUCUGUAUCUGUUUCUUGCUUGCUUUAGGUAAUCUCCUGAACAGAGGGAUUUUUGGGAAGGAUAGUGAAGGAGACGAACGGAGCCUGGUCCCGUGGGUGGGAUCCCUCCCUUCCGAUCUGGAUCUACCUCCUCCUAAAAAUUCCGCCGUGGGUGUUUCUGUUAUGUCUGUUGAUUUUGUUUAGAACUGUCUUAAGUUUGUAUGUGUUUCGUUGGAAAAAUGAAUGAAAAAUCAAAAA